AAUCGCACCGCCGCCUCCGUAAACGCGCGCGCGGCUGAGGCCAGUGUUAUCGUGUAGUACGCGUACUACGCACUGCCGCCGCACGUCCAGAAGUAGAGCGCUGUCCAUCCGCCCCCAACCGCGAGGUAUCGUCAGCGAUCCUCGGCCAUGUCAGCAGCCGCAUCAACUACAGCCGACGAUGACGACGAGCAUCAGCGGCAACCGUUGCCAGCCGACCCGGACUGGUUAUCGGGCGUCAUCAGCCGGCUGAUCGGCCGGCCGCGGGACUCGGUCACCGUGAUUGGUGACCGGACCAUCGCCACGCCCGCUGUGUCCGAUCCGCACAACGUGCUCAGCUCUAUAGUGGCCGUACACAUCGUGUACGCGGUGGACGGCGUCACGGGUACCGACUCGCUGGACGUGGUCAUCAAGAGCCUGCCGCAAGAGCCCUACUCCCGGGCGUUCGUGCUCGAAGCCCAGUUCGACUACAGAGAAGUUCACUUUUACAACACGGUAUUAUUUGAGUUAAGAAAUUUAGAAGAAAAUGUGCUUACAAAACACACUCGUUCUGCGAUUGGUGACAUGCCAGUAGCCCAGUGUUACUUUGCUGGUAUGAGUGCCAGUGGUAAGGACGAGUCAAUGUUAGUCUUGGAAAACUUAUCCAAACGCGGCUAUACAGCAGCCAAUUUCUCUACUGGACUUACAUACACAGAGGCAAAACUCGCUCUCCGUUCUAUAGCUCGAAUCCACGCUACAUCUCUUGCUUUAAAACUUAAGCACGGGCCGCUCACUGAACGUUGGCCGUUCUUAUUUCAAACAUCUCGUGCCACACUAUCUUACCAAGCACUUGUCGAACGGGGAAUGCCACAACUGCAUGUUUUCUUACGAUCUAAAGGGCCACAAUACGACACGUUAAUCAAUACACUUAGAUCUCUAUGUCGUGUCACUAAACAAAUAAUCGGAUCACUCAUGAUACCUAAAGAACCGAUGGGAUUGAUGACGCACACUGACUUUUGGUGUAACAAUUUAAUGUUUGGAGAACAAGACCAAUGUGUAAUACUAGACUGGCAAAUGAUAUCUUAUAGUAGACCAACUAACGACGUUGCACUUUUACUUGUAAGUAGUUUGUCGACAGAAACUAGACGAAACCAUUCAAAUGAGUUAGUAGAUAUCUACUGGGAAGCUUUAACAACGCACGCGAGUAAGUUGGGUGUAGAUAUAGAAGGUCAACUUGAAUACAGUCGAUAUGAUUUGGAUGAAGAUAUGAAGGAAUCAAAGUUAUUAGCAGUACUUUUGUGUAUAGGUUCAGUAGACGUUGCUUUAGGCAAUCAAGAAACCGAACAAAGAUUAUUAGACCUGUUGACCGAUCUACAAGCUGAGGAAAUCUUCAACAGACAUUUAACUGAAAUUUCAGCAUAGUAUUUAUUCAAUUUUACUUUGAUUUAUAAUGUAUUUCUCUUUUCUCGAGUAAUAACUUUAGAGCUUUCACACUACCUAUAUAAUAUAUAGAGAAAUAUACUUGUUAUAAUUAAUAUAAAUUUUUUAUUUCACUUUUACUUUUAAUAUUAGUUCUGCAAAUUCAAAUGAUACUUGAGGUUAAGGUAAUUUUUUUAAAUGUUAAGAAUUCAUAAAUUAUAUUAAUAUUAGAAAAAAAUUGUUAAAGCUAUAAAUCAACAUAUUAAUUUCAUUUCAUGAGCCUUAAAUGUUAGCAUAACCUUAACACGAUAUGCUAAGAAAUAAAUUUAUUAUUAGAUCCUAUAGCUCAAUACAGUUAUAUAAACAUGUUGUUUUUUUCUUUUUUAAUCAGUUUUUACUGAUUCUUUACAUUUUGACAUGUUAAAAUUGUGUUGCCUAAAUUAAUGUAACGGUGCUGUCCAUACUACUCAUAUUAUGUGAUUUUACUUACUAUAGUAAUAAUAAACAUUAUUGAUUAUAAAAUUGAAAUGAACAAUUGAUUUGUAA